AUGUCUGGCCGUGGUAAAGGUGGAAAAGCUAAAACUUCAGGAAAAGCUAAGAGUCGCUCCAGUCGCGCUGGACUUCAAUUUCCAGUUGGUCGUCUUCAUCGUAUGCUUCGCAAAGGAAACUAUGCUGAACGCGUUGGAGCUGGAGCACCAGUAUAUCUUGCUGCUGUUCUUGAAUAUCUUGCUGCUGAAGUUCUUGAAUUGGCUGGUAAUGCCGCUCGCGACAACAAGAAAACUAGAAUCAAUCCAAGACAUCUUCAAUUAGCCAUUAGAAAUGAUGAAGAAUUGAACAAACUUCUUAGUGGUGUUACUAUUGCUCAAGGUGGUGUACUUCCAAAUAUUCCUUCAUCUCUUGUUCCAAAGAAGUCCGCUGCAGAUGAACCAGCUGAAUAA